AUGGUGAUGUAUGCUUGUAUCAUAAUGCAUAAUAUGAUUUUAGAAGACGAAGGAAAAGAAAUCUUCCAAAACUAUUUUCCGGAAGAUGUUGUUAAAGGAACGCAAGCAACAAUGGAGGAGAGAAUCUUAAAUGGCCAACUAUUGCGUUCUAGGGAGUUACACAACGCGUUAAAGGCGGAUUUAGUCGAUCAUGCUUGGGCUAUUCGCCCCAUUAGAAACGACGGCGAUGACCAAGAGGACUUCGAAGAAGAAGAAGAAGAAGAAGAAGAAGAAGAAGAGGAAGAUUUCAAAGUUGGAGCCUUUGAAAACAAAGGUUUGGAUGAAGGAGAUAACGGAGAAGAAGAAGGCAAAAACGACGAUGAAGACAUGAAAGCAAGCAACAAUGGAGGAGAGAAUCUUAAACGGCCAACUAUUGCAUUCCAGGGUGUUACACACGCGUUAAAGGCGAAUUUAGUCGAGCAUGCUUGGGCGAUUCGCCGCAUUAGACACGAUGACAAUGACCAAGAGGACUUCAAAGAAGAAGAAGAAGAAGAAGAAGAAGAAGAAGAAGAUUUCAAAGAUGGAGCCUUUGAAAACAAAUGUUUAGAUGAAGGAGACAACGAAGAAGAAUAA